CUCUAUCCUCAGGCGGCACACACCUUGAGCCUUUAUUAACCCCUUUUCUUUCUUUUUUUUCCACCUUUUCAUAACUGCCACAUGAAGAAGACCAAACACCAAAAACUUUGUCCUUGUCUCUGUUUCCCAACUCCAACAGUGUCUCUUGUCUCCAUCUCCUCCCAGACAAAAGAUAAUCUCGAGAUUUCCACCAUCUCCGUCGUCCAUAAGGAAUAAGAUAGAACAAGAACAAGAACACGAAGCAGCUUCUUCAUCGUUUCCUACUCUUCUUAUCUCGCUUCUUUUGUCUUUUCUCUCUCUCUCUCUCUCUCUCUCUGCAUGUUUGUUUGUGAUACUAGAUAAAACAUAAAUAUGUCUCACCUUCGUCAUUUGCUACCCAUUUGGGUUCUUUGUUUCUCCUUCUUCUCCACUGCUCUUGUUACUAAAUCAGAAGAAUCCUCUGUUGUCUACGUUUCUGCUACUUCCCACGAAAUCCCCAUUUCUCAGGCUUCUCCACGAAUGGGAGCAGCUCAAUCCCCAGGACCUCCCAUCGUUAAAGUGGUGCUUCGCCAGGAUUUGAACAAGAAGAUUCUAAUUGCGCUUAUAAUCUCAUCAACUCUCCUCUGUGUCACAGUCAUGUUCCUUUUGUAUCUCUUGUUUUGGAGGUACAGAUAUAUGAAGAACAGCUUCACCGGGAUCAAACACAAAUCUGACUCGGUGAAGAGUGUAUCCACGAAGCCGAUUGUACACAAGAUCGAUUCUGUGAGGAAAGGAACCAUCCCAGUGUAUGAAUAUCAAUUGCUGGAAUCUGCAACAAACAAGUUUAGCGAUAGUAAUGUUUUGAGCAAAGGUGGUCGUGGUUGCCUUUACAGAGCUUGUCUUGAUGAAAAGUCCUCUGUCACUGUAAAAAAACUUGAUGGUGGUGGGGAUACAGACAUUGAAAAACAGUUUGAGACUGAGGUAGAUUGGUUGGCUAAAAUCAGGCAUCAGAACAUAAUUUCCCUAUUGGGAUUUUGCGUAUAUCGCCAAACGAGUUGUAUUGUGUAUGAGAUGAUGAAAAAUGGAUCUUUGGAGACGCAGCUCCAUGGGACUAGUCAAGGUUCAUGUUUAACUUGGCAGCUUAGGAUGAAAAUAGCUGUUGAUAUAGCCAGAGGAUUGGAGUAUCUUCACGAGCAUUGCCAUCCUCCGGUAGUUCACAGAGAUUUGAAAUCAUCUAGCAUCCUUCUAGACUCCGAUUUCAAUGCCAAGAUAUCAGAUUUUGGGUUUGCCAUGGUGUUGACGACGCAGAACAAAAACCUGAACAGAGCUUCCGAGUAUCUUCUUGAUGGCAAAGUUACAGACAAGAAUGAUGUCUACUCAUUUGGAGUGAUUCUGCUCGAACUUCUUCUUGGGAAGAAAUCAGUGGAGAAACCGUCUUGUGAACCAGAAUCCAUUGUAACUUGGGCUGUACCUAAGCUCAGUGAUAGAGCUAAUCUCCCCAACAUCUUAGAUCCUGCAAUCAAAGGAACUAUGGAUUUGAAGCAUCUCUAUCAGGUUGCUGCGGUAGCUGUGUUGUGCGUACAGCCUGAGCCAAGUUACAGACCACUUAUAACCGAUGUCUUGCACUCACUCAUCCCUCUUUUACCAGUAGAACUGGGUGGAUCAUUGCGGAUUUUGUGAAAAACUUUCCCUUUUUUUUUUUUUUUUUCUCUAAGCGAGAAUCUGUUAUCCUGUGUUUGAACUUUCUUUGAUCACUGCUACUAGAACUUUAACAAGAAACUGACAUGAAAACUGAAAAGGAUCCCCAAACUCGUGCUUUUAUUUUAGUAUACA